CUCUACUUGUGGAUCCACUAUAGCAACUUGGUCACCAUCAGCCCAUUACCAUCCAAACUUCCACAACAAACAAUCGAACACGAGUGGUCACCAAGAACGUUGUGUCCAUCAAUAUUUCCUUUGAGAGUAAAGUACAUAUUGAUGGACCCAGCACAAAAUCUGUUCGGCAUCAUGUAUAUUGUUGACAACAUGGCCUAUCGCAUUUACCUAGCAACUCUGGAUGAUGGACAUCUCCACCCUCACACUGCUGGACCAGCGCUGGACCUGGAGCUGUCCAUGCAUGCAUUUGAUGUGAAGCUUGAGUGUUAUGGGAGGCCUAUCGCUUUGUGGCGCAACUCUUGCAGUGAGUUUUUGAAGACGUGGCAUCUGCAAAUUUGGGACUGGUGGCACUCAACAACAUCCAGCAGCGCCCUCAAUAGCAGCAUGUGCACCAGUGCCAAGUUUUUGUUUUCUCGGAAACGACAGAUUGCUCGUUUUCGCCCGAGAUUUGGAGUUGUAUUCGAUCGAGGAUACGUCCAAGACGCCGCAAUUGCUGGCACGUUUCCUGUUGCCUUUCCCGCUGGUGGACUUGGAGAGAGAUCAUAGCUCACAGCCGAAGAUGCAGACGCAAAACCAGUCGGUGUACACUUCAGACCCUAAACACAGACUGCUAUGCGUUUACUCGUUAAUUGAUGUUCGAAAGAUCUUCGUCAUCUCCACGAAGAUUUUCUUCGACAUCGACAAAGCGGCG